AUGGCGGUCGGACGACGCAACGGACGGGGAGGGGGGAAGUUGACAGGAAAUGUUAACAACACUGACGACACCACUCCUCUAACAAGCACGGAAAAUUCUCCUGAGAAGAGCCCGCUGGUUUCGGCGCAAGCUUUGCCUCAAGCUCGUCCCAAGAAGUCUGCCGACUUGCUUGUUGGUGCGGCGAAGAUCUCCUUGCAGGAACGGCUGUCUGCUCUGAAGGUCAACGGGCUUAAGGACAACGAAGUGGAAGGGAAUGCGACUCAUAAUCCACAGCCGGGCAUGUCGACGGCUCUUCUGCCUGACCACAUGGCUGAGUCAUCUGCGAGCGAGAAGGCGGGAUGCAGCAAAAACGCGGAUGACGAUGGAUGCUGGGACACUGAUGACGAUGACGACUUUGAUACAGCAGCAGUUGAUCUACUUACCACUCAAUUCAGCUUCCCGAUCACGCUUCUUAUCCCUAUCAAGUGGGAGAGCGAGCUGAACCCAGACGUAGUGGAGGUGUUGCUCAAGUCAGUUCCAGCUAGUGUCUCCCCUGAGCUGAUUCGCAAAAUGUUGACGGCGGUUACUCUGCUCAAGAAAGGGAAAGCCGCUUUUAACAAGGGUGUGGGUUUUAACGGAAUGCAGGAUCCUGCUACUGGGAUGGACACUGAUAAGGUGCGGGGCUUGGUGAUCGAGCACCAAAACGAUGACGAUUCAUGGCGUCACGCGGUUACGGACUUGUCGAACACCGGGAGGAAGCUGAUGGUGCAUUAUCCCGCGCUCACCUGCGACUACUGCAAGGGACAGCACAUGACACAAUAUCAUAAUGCUUAA